AGGGGAAAAAGUAUAAGAGAUCUCACGUGUCACUAGCGAAGAUUGAACCUCUUAAUUCAAGGCUAAGAAUCUAAGAUACAUUACUUGCUACUGCCAAAUUAAGCAAAUUAUUUAAUUUUUCUAUACAACAACCCUAAAAAGUACUUUUAGAAUAAAUCGAACAUGAUUACUUUUUUUUUUUUUUUUGACAAGAAACACGAUUACUAAUGUAAUUUUUUUAACGCAAGUUCUCGUAUGAAACGGCCUUGUCAUUAGAUUAGGCGGUAAUUUGGAAUAUACCAUCUGCAAUACCCCGACUCCCCGAGUCACAAUAAUUGGUAUCGUACUAUAUUCUAAUAUUCUUAGAUUUGUUACUGUAUCUUUUGCGGCUUGUCUUCUUCUUCUUCCACUUCUCCUCUCUCUGUAACAUGUUACCUGGGAUCACUCACUUCACCCAGAUUCUAUUUCUUGUCUAAACCCACAAUUUCAUCAAAUUCCCCCAAUUUAAUUGCUCAAUUAAAAUGGUUUCUACAUCACAACACACCAAAUCUCUCCACAAAAUCCUUGCAUCAAAACUAACCCUUUCAAUCCCAUCAUCUUCUUCUUCACCUCCCACUGAAGAUUUCGAUUUCUCCGAUGUUUUUGGGCCAACCCCAUCUCAAUCUUCAUCUUCCUCUUCUUCCCAACCUACAUAUCCGAGGGACCCACCUGUGAUUCACUACCGUAAUCACUCUUUUCUGGGUCCCUCACCUCGAUAUACUCCCCCUAAUUUCCACCCAUUUCAGAAAACUCCUGAAGAAAUCAUAUCCCAGAUUACAGAUGAUGAUGAUGAGAUCGAGGUGAAAAAGGAUGAGAAUGAUGGAACUUUUAUCGAACAGUUGGUGUGCAUUGAGGAGGAGAGAGAAAAUGAGAUGGUUCCUAAGGUGGGUCCUGAAGAUUUUGAGAUUUUGAGACUUGUUGGGAAAGGGGCUUUUGGGAAGGUUUUUCAGGUUAGGAAGAAAGGAGGUUGUGAUGAUGGUGGUGAUGGAAUUAUGGCUAUGAAAGUUAUGAGAAAAGAUAAUAUUAUUAAGAAGAAUCAUGUUGAUUAUAUGAUUGCUGAAAGGGAUAUUCUUACCAAAGUUGUUCACCCUUUUAUUGUUCAGCUUAGGUACUCUUUUCAGACGAAGUCAAAGCUUUAUCUGAUUUUGGAUUUUUUGAAUGGAGGACAUCUGUUCUUUCAUCUCUACAGACAGGGGAUUUUCAGUGAGGAUCAGGCGAGACUUUACACAGCUGAAAUUGUAUCUGCUGUAUCGCAUCUUCACAAGAACGGGAUUGUGCAUCGAGAUCUCAAACCUGAAAAUAUUCUCAUGGACGCUGAUGGGCAUAUUGUUCUAACUGAUUUUGGACUUGCAAAAGAAAUUGAUGAAACGAGCAGAACAAAUUCAAUGUGUGGAACCAUGGAAUAUAUGGCUCCAGAAAUCAUACAAGCUAAAGGUCAUAACAAGAAUGCUGAUUGGUGGAGUAUUGGAAUCCUGUUAUAUGAAAUGCUAAGUGGAAAGCCACCAUUCGCACAUGCCAACAGACAGAAGCUCCAACAGAAAAUCAUCAAUGACAAAGUGAAGCUUCCAUCAAUGGUAUCCACUGAAGCACAUUCUUUGCUUAGAGGAUUGUUGCAAAAGGAUCCUUCCAAGAGGCUUGGUAGUGGGCCCGCAGAAUCCGAUGAAGUUAAGAGCCACAGAUGGUUUCGUCCUAUCAAUUGGAAGAAACUGGAGGCAAAGGAGUUGAAGCCCAAGUUCAAACCAGAUGUGAAUGGGAAGGAAUGCACUGCUAACUUUGACAAAUGCUGGACGACAAUGCCAGCAGAUGACUCACCAGCCUCUACACCCACUGGCAAUGAACACUUUGCAGGUUAUACAUAUGUUGCUCCCAACCCAUGGCUUUCAUCCGAAAGAUGCAGCUCUGAAUGUGAAUGAACAUGAUACUUAGGUGGGAAAUUGCAAGACAAACAUAUACGCCUCUCACAUCAGAACAAAGAAGAGAUUUUCACGUAGUUGGUAGUUCUAAGUGACAUCUUAAACUUAACAAAAUACAGAUAUUGUUAUACUCGUAUGUGAAAUGUACUAUAAAUGAUUUAGAUGAUGAUUAUGGUCUAACUGUCGACAAAGAACUAAAGAAGGUGAAACAGAUUGUUAAUUGUCAUUAAUGGGUACAAAUUUUGGAGGCUUGUAUCCUGUCAUUAGCAAAGGGUUAAGGAGGGUUAAUAUGCAUGUAUAUUUCAUCUCUAACCAGUUGAUUACUAAGCAAGACUGCUUUCAAGAGAUUUACAGAAUUUUUUUAAGUUCUCAUCA